AUGUCAUCCAUGAACUUUGAGUCGAUGAACUGGUCGCCUUCGACCAUUCCGACUUCUACCACUUUAAGAUCAGUUGCUGCAACCAAAAGCUCGGGCUUGAUGGAAACUUUAACAUCUGCAACAGCAAGAAUUCAUACUGCCACGGCCAAGCCUGAAUUAAUUUCUUUGUCUCGGAAUAUCAGGGGUGCUGAAGCUUCGUUGUCUAUUCUUCAAGCAGAAAAUCAGAUUGCAACUGCUACAGAUAAUUCAGUCAAAAGCAUGGCUACCCAAGCAAUUUUCAAUGCAACAUUAAAUUUGAAGGAUUUAGAAUGGGAAGAAAAUGUCUAUUCUAUGCGUAGUUUGAGUCGUCCUGCUAAUAUUAUAUACCUUGUGGUAUUCAUUGUAACAUUUUUGUAUUUUACCCUAAUGAUUUGGAAAUCAAGAUUCCAUUGGUUUAAUGUUGCAUUUUUCUGUGGAAUAGGCCUAGAAUUUGCUGGGUUUAUUGGCAGAGUAAUGUCAUUUUCUGAUAUGACAGACAUGAACUACUACAUCUUGCAAUUGGUUUGUUUAACCAUUGCACCUGCCUUCAUUAUGGGAGGUAUAUACUAUCUAUUUGCACAGUUAGUUGUGGUGUAUGGGAGAGAGUAUUCAAUUUUGCGCCCAAUGUGGUACUCUUAUAUAUUUAUUACGUGUGAUGUUCUAUCAUUAAUCAUUCAAGCCGGUGGAGGUGGUGCUGCUUCUUAUGCUUCAAAUAAUUUUGAAGAUGCUAGACCAGGUUCGUAUGUCAUGAUUGCAGGUAUUGCAUUCCAAGUUUUUGCAAUGUCAUUUUUCUUAUUAUUUUGGUUCCACUUUCUUUUUCAAACAUUUUUCAAGCAUAGACCCGCUAAAGAAGAAGGGUCCUUUGAUGAAAAUAAAUAUGAUCCUGCCUGGAAGAAUGCAUCCACCGCGAACUUCUUCAAAAUGAUAUUUAAUACGAAAUCCUCUCAGGCACACAGAGCUACAUAUUUAGAACAAUUCUAUAACCCUCUGUUCGCAAAUAUUCGUGCAAGAAAGCUUUUCUAUUGGUUUCCUUUAGCAAUGACGAUUGCCGUGAUUGCCGUCUACAUUCGUUGUAUCUAUAGAGUUGUUGAAUUAGCCCAAGGUUUCAGUGGUUAUCUUAUUACGCAUGAAGUGUAUAUUAUGGUCUUAGAUGCAUUAAUGAUUGCGAUUACCGCAAUAGUUUUUGUCCCAUUCCAUCCUGUUUUUGUAUUGGGCGCAAAUAAUAGAAUUAGGUUGUCUGCCAUCAAAAAGAACUUGGAUGAGGCCGACGAUAAUACCGCCAAUGUAUCAAGUAAAGGCUCAAUAAAGGAAGAGAAUAGUGAUACAUAUUAG